GAAGAGGAAGCUGACUCCAGCUUUGUGAACAGGGCAGCGCGGACUGUGCAUGCUGGAAUUCUGGGAGGUGGUAAAAGGAGGGUUUUUUUGUCGCUGCGGCAUGAGCGCGCAGGCCGAGUGUGGAUGGAGCGUGUGAACGCCGUGGAGCUCCGCGAGCUGGGCAGGGCCGGCAGCGUGCGACAUGGCUGCCACCCCGCGGGUGUCGUCAACGCGACCUUCGAGGAGGAGGAGGAGGAAGGAGAGGCGCUGCCGCAGCCCCCGUUCCAUCGUCAUCGGGAAGUACCGUCACUGCGCUCCCCCGAGGGCGAACACGAGCCCGAGCCCGAGUACAGCAGCCAGUCCGUGGACUACGGCUUCGUGUGCGCGCUCGUGUUCCUCGUCAGCGGCAUCCUGCUGGUGGUGGUCGCCUACACCAUCCCCAGGGAGGCGCGUGUGAACCCAGAGCAGGUGAGCGCGCGUCAGAUGGAGAAGCUGGAGAUGUACUACGCCCGCCUCGGCUCCCACCUCGACAAGUGCAUCAUCGCCGGGCUCGGUCUGCUCACGCUCGGCGGGAUGCUCCUCUCCGUUCUGCUGAUGGCGUCCAUAUGCAAGGGAGAGCUGUACCGGCGCAGGACUUUCGCCGGAACAGGGAGACCCAUGAAAUCGUACGGAUCCAUAAACAUGAGGAUGAGGCAGUUGGCGGAAGGAGACGGGAGGGACACGCUCGUGGAAUGUGAGCCUGGCGGUGAGGCACCGCAGACCGGACCACAAACCCAGUAGCACAGCUGUUUUUUUUUUGGGCAUCCAGUGCCGGAUCCUUGACAUGGAGUACAGUCUAGUCUACGGAGACCUGCUGGCGAUCCCUUCCUAAUGAAAACAAAACAUUACUGGCAACAGGAAUGACUAAAUUAUCUCAUUCUCACUCCUUGCUAAGUUGUGGCUACAACUCAACCAUUACAGUUAUCUCAUUCUCACACUUUACUAUGUUGUUGUUACAUCAUGGCCAACUUAAUAAGAUAUGGGAAUGAGAUAAUUAAGUGUGGUUUUGGAAGGAGAUGUUUAUUUUAUCAUGGUUCCAUUUAUUAUCCUGUUCCCAUACCUUACUAAGUCUUGGCCUCAUUCCCACACCUUACUAUUUUGUGGCCAUGACUUCGUAAGGUGUGAGGUAAGUCAUAGCCUUGACUUAGCAUGGCAUAGGAAAGAGAUAAGUCAUGGCUAUGACAAGAUAAUUAAGAUAUUUAGUAAGGCAUGAGAAUGAGAUAAUAAGGAUACAACUGAGGAAGGAAUGGAAGUGAGAUAAUUAAAUUGAGAUAGCGUGGACAUAAUAGUCAUUCUCAGGACUUAGCUAUUUUGUUUCCACCCCUUACUAUGUUGUGGCCACACAUUAUUUUUAUUAAGAUGGGAUGUCGCCAUCAGAGCUCCAUACUAGUCCAUCAAUGUGUUCGGAAUGGUUCACUGGUUCGCUCAGCCACCAGUCUUGGAAAAUUUGCUCCGUUCCCGAAAUGUUCCCCUUGUUAUCUGGACUGAUAUUCACUACAUAGCGUUUGCUGUUAGUGAACCGAUUGGAGAGUAUCCUCGGAAUGACGGAAGGAUUCAUCGUUGAGAAUUCGAACGAGAGGAGACAACACGUUUCCAAAUGCAGCUCAUGUUUAUCCCUGCGCCGUGUUCGGAAUGGUUCGCUAGUUUACUCACUCACUGUGCCCUUUCUAGGAAAAUGACCAUUGCGUUUGAAUGGCUAACUCGUUCACUAUUCACUAUUUGCUAUAGUGACCACUGGUCAUGGAAUGGCAGAGACAUGGCGUAUAAAGCGGUUUCACUGAUAUGGAGCUAUUCCAAAUGCAGUUCAUUCAGGCAAUGAUUUUAAACCCUGCAUUUAAAGAUGCCUUGUUUUGCUGUCCUAGCAACCGGCAUCCAAUCACAGAGGCAAAGCUUUACUGUUAGAGAGCGAAACAUAUCAGAAACGUGGUUUACAGAAAUGGACAGAAAUAUCCGUAAAAGGUGAUAAAUCUGGCUGUAGCUGUUUCGUAUUCAUGCCUGCAGGUACCCAGACAUGGAUUCAGCCCGUUAAACAGUGGACAGUCACAAUUAUAUAGGCUGGACUGAUGCCAAUUUUAGGCCCAGCCUACAUAUGACAAGUGACAGGUGUGAGAGACAUGACCAUGUAGGGAUAGACAAAAGUAGGCAAAACAGAAUGUUCUAGGUACAAUCACAUCACAUGCAUGGCACAACACACACAAUACUGAACAUAAUAACACACAACACAGCACUGAACUCAUUACACGGCAGUACAUUCCCUCAGACUACACUGCAGGUGUAUCUCAACUGUAAAGUAAUAUAUUCAAGCAUUUUCUUGGGUGACCUAAUGUAAAAAUGAUCCUAGGAAGCUGAAACAGUGAGAUUAUGAAGUGGUGGGAGUGAGAUAAGUCAUAGUCACAACUUAGCAAGGUGUGGAAACAAGAUAAGUCGUGAAUUCCCACACUUCAGGCUGUGGGGCGAGCGCGCGCCCUCACUGAUCAUUUUCUAGGCUUGCAGUGCAAAUCAAACCUGCAGACAACAAACAUUUGUAAAUUCAGGAUGGUGCCAACCACCAUUACCACUCAAAGGGGAAUUCCACCAAUUUUGAAACAUUUUUGCAUAAUAGAACAGAGAUUCAGAGCGGGUUUGGUGUGAGGUGGUUCAGAUGUCUACGGUGGUGGUGAUAGGACUCAGGGGUCGCCAUGACUACAAAACAGAUAUAGACAUUUUAUUUACCAUCCAGAAAUACCAGAGAACCACCUACACAAACCUGUAUGAACUUAAUGUUUCUAAAAAAUAUGCUUUAGUCCAAAACCUUCUCUGAAACGGUGUCUCAGACAUCACGUAGCAUGUUCAUAACUUUUUAAUGUAGGAACUUUCUGUGAGGAGCUUUUAGAGGUGGACGUCUGGUUCCUACCACCACCACUGUGAACAGUUCUGAACCGCUCUGAACGACUUUCUUAACCGUUUAAUUGUACAAAGAGUACAGAAAUGUUGGAAAAUGUCCACUUUAAACACUCCAGUUAUGGUUAUGUUCCUUAGAGAGAUCCCUUCACAUUGCUUUAUCGCCUACAUUUGAAAUUCGAGUGUAUGUAAGUGAAUGUACAGAGCACUCUGCGUGACUAUGAACCAUACAGGGGUCAUGUUUGGCGUUGAGAAUUUGACCACUGCGAUGAAACGACUGAUACACUGUACAGCGCCCUGUUUCUUUAAUAGAGAGCGAUUCCGAACACAGCCUUGGCCUGCAGGGCCAGCGAUGAAGGCGGAUGGAAAAGCGUCUAGGUUUAGCAUCAGUAGUGUUUUGAAAUAAACACAGAAGAUCUGAUUUUAGUGGAGAAGGAAGAAAAUAAAACCGACUAAAACAAGUGUUGUUGGGAAGCACAAUGGUCAACCUCGUUCUCGAUAAAGCCGUAGUGUAACUUAACAUGCUGCAAAAAAACGCCGUUAGCUUCUUUAUAAAACUUGAAAUGGGCGUCUCUUUAAUCUAAAACCGUAUGUGAAAAAUAUAUAUGUACAAAAAAAAAUAUCGUCGUCCAAGGAUAGCCGACAACAUGCCUUAAAACGUCGAUGUAUGUCGUGAACACACUGGAAUUGAACUCGCUUAUUUGUAAACUGUGAGGUUUAGUUAGUUUCUUGGAAGCCUUUAACUUGUACAGUACUGCGUAUGAAUAUAGACUAUUGCAAAUACUGCUUUAUACGUUGUCCUAUCCUGAUACACAGCUUUUUAUAGGUAAACAAAAAAGAAACACUGGUGCAGUCAAAAGAAAUAAUAACUUGAAAUCAUUAUAUUAUAUUGUACAGUACUUCUGUGGUAAUCUACACUAGAAGAUACUCCACUCCCAGUUAUACUACUUAUACUUCAUAGAGAAAAAUAUAUCCAGCCUUUUUUGGCCUUUUGACGGAGGGACAUUCAAAGUGGAGACACCAACAGAAGAUAUUCUAUAGAGAAUAUUCAUCACCAGCUUUGAGGCAGUUUUCUUUAGCACAUGCCUUUAUAAACAGAGGACUUUUACUGGCGUUCAGAGGAAAACACCUGCUUCAAAUUCUAGUCCUUAUUUUAGGAUGCACUGGUUCAGAACCACAUUUGGAUCAUUUUCAGUCUAAAUGGAAAAGUAUAAGCAGUAGAUAUGCAGGUCAGUGCGAAAGUUUGUGCGCCCCUGGUCAAACUCCGUGAUGCUGUUGAUGCACACCUCUCUAGGUGUGAAUAAGUCAAAUAUCCUCUACUAAGAACACAGUUCUGCACAUUUUAAUGCACAGUUACCGGUUACCUGCUGAAUUUAACUUGGUGGGAAAAUGUUAAAACACACAAUGCAGCCUGUGUAAAUGUUCUGGCAAAACAUUAACAUUAAAAAACAUGAAACUUGGAAAAUUGUGACUAGAAUUAGCAAAAAAUUGUCAUAUUUAAGUUUAUUCCCUGUAGAAGAAGAUGUGUCAACCUAUACAAAAUAUGGGUUUACAAAAUAUGGGUUUGGACCAGGAGUGCUUAAACGUUUGUAUAACGCUGUAUACUAUAAUGAAGAUAUAUAGAUAUAUAUAAUGUGGGCUGGCCUGGUCAGCAUUUUACAGGCUUUGAAUACUCGAUGGUAUUUUUGAAUGAAUGCUCAUACUCAAAAUCACCCUUAAAAACCAUAAUAUUAUAUAUUAUAAUUGACCAAUUUUAAGCAUGUAUGUUACUGCAGUUCAAAAUAUAUCCAGUAGGUGGGAACCGUAUAUUAAUAGCAUAAACUAACUGAAAUCAGGCCUGUAGCUGACCAAACGGUACUCGAUUCAUCAGAGCUGUUGUGUGUCCAUGAUAUACCAGCCCUUUAUUGCUGGUUUUGCUGGUUUUCUUAUCAUCUGAUCAUUUAAAGCGCCUCCGCCAGGGAUAUUAAUGCUUUGACUGAUAGACUCAUUAGUCUAACCACUUUAACUGGCAAGUAUAAAAUCAAGGACGCAAACCACCAAAAUAAGUUAUUUUACUAAGAGAGUAGUCCUGAAAUCUGAUUGGCUGAGUCACAUUUGGAGCUUUUGUAAAAAUGUUCCUUGAAUGAUAAACUCGCCUGUUUAAUCUGUUGUUUAUUAAAAAUAAAUUAAAAGUUUUUAGUAUCAGUCAACAAUUAUUUAUUGGUCUGUAAAUCAGCUAAUAAUUUAAAUCCCUCACUCCAGCAUGUGAUUUCUUGAUUUAUUUCCAAGCCGGCAGGUCGUUCUCCAGCUCCUUACACUAAAUUCCCAAACUGUCGUCACCACUGAGCACCAUUCGCCAGACGUGUCUGAUCUUCAGAGUCAGACCAAAUCAGACUGAGCCAUAAAACUGAG